AUGCUCGCUGUGCGUUCGGCUCCGCUGCUGUGGACUGAGACUCCAGUCACGCCAGUCAUUCCCGAAAAAAAGUUGGAGAAAAAUAACGACCACGGCGCCCGGAAACACGGUGGCCGUGCAAGUCUGAGAGCGGGCGUGCUGCGCCACGAGCAGCCAUGGGCGAGGUCGAGGGCACCUACCGGGGGCUGCAGACGCCGGGCACGCGCCUGGGCUCUCAGUUCAGCGCAGGCAUCAGCACGCUGGAACCCGGGAAGAGCCUGAGCACCGUGUCCGUGGAAAAAGGGAAGGGCCUGCAGAUCCGCGUCCAGGGGCUGGACGAUGCUCAGGAGUUCUACGAUCUCGAGUGGAAGGCGGAUGGACAGACCCUCCUCACCAGAGUCUUUCACCAGAUCAACCUGAUGGAGAGCGAUUACUUUGGGCUGGAAUUCCAGAACGUCCAGAUGAACUGGGUUUGGCUGGAACCCACCAAGCUCAUAGUGAAACAAGUGAGACGACCCAUGAACACACUCUUCCGGCUGUCAGUGAAGUUCUUCCCACCUGAUCCUGGUCAGUUACAGGAGGAAUUCACCAGGUACCUGUUUGCCCUGCAGAUGAAGAGAGAUCUGAUGGAAGGCCGACUGAUCUGUUCAGAGAGCACGAUGGCUCUGCUGGCCUCUCACAUGCUUCAGUCGGAGAUCGGGGACUACGACGACGUCGCAGACCGGGAGUUCUUAAAGCUCAGUAAGCUGCUGCCGAACCAGGAUCACCUACAGGAGAAGAUCAUGGAGCUCCAUCGCAGACACGUGGGCCACACGCCCGCCGAGUCCGAUUUCCAGGUGCUCGAGAUUGCUCGGAAGCUGGAGAUGUACGGUGUGCGGUUCCACCCCGCGGCUGAUCGCGAGGGCACCAAGAUCAACCUCUCAGUGGCUCACAUGGGCCUGCAGGUCUUUCAGGUCAACACCAAAAUCAACACCUUCAACUGGUCCAAGAUUCGCAAACUCAGCUUCAAGAGGAGAAGGUUUCUGAUUAAGCUUCAUCCAGAUGUUCAUGGUCCUCAUCAGGACACGCUGGAGUUUCAGAUGAACAGCCGGGAUCAGUGCAAGAUCUUCUGGAAGAGCUGCGUGGAGCACCAUGCCUUCUUCCGCCUGUUCGAUCAGCCCCAACCCAAAUCCAAACCCAUCCUCUUCAGCAGGGGGUCGUCCUUCAGAUACAGCGGGAGGACCCAGAAGCAGCUCGUGGAGUACGUUAGGGACAACGGGGUGAGACGAACACCCUACCAGAGGAGAAACAGCAGGAUCCGCAUGUCGUCUCGCUCCCUGGCCACCGAGUUGCCUAAGCAGAGUCUGUCCUUCAACGACAGCCUGAGGAUCUUCAGCUCUCCGUCUCCGGCUACCGUCUCCUUCCACUCGCUACAGUCCUCCUCACCCGUCCGAACGGAGAGCAACAGCAAGCCGCAGAUCCAGCAGAUCCAGCACCCUGUGAGACCACCCGCCCCCGUGAUGGAGGAGCCAGCCAUGUCUCAGCCUGCAUCUAACUCCGCCUUUCCAGCUCCAGUGAUGGACAGCCUUCAGCUCUCUCCGUCUCCCAUCAAAUCCAGGAGUCCACUGAGCGCGUCCUCGUCCUUUCAGAUGUCCACGCUCAGCCUGCCUGGUCAGCCACCGUCCAGCCCCAGCCUGAACGACGCGGGCAGCAUCAGACUGGAGGAGGAGGAGGAGCUCAGGAGGAAGAGGUAUCCCACUGAUAAAGCUUACUUCAUAGCCAAAGAGAUCCUGAUGACCGAGAGGACGUACCUGAAGGACCUGGAGGUCAUCACCGUGUGGUUCCGCAGUGCGGUGAUUAAAGAGAACGCCAUGCCCGAAGGCCUGAUGACCCUCCUGUUCUCCAACAUCGACCCCAUCUACGAGUUCCACCGUGGAUUCCUCAAAGAGAUCGACCAGAGACUGGCUCUGUGGGAGGGGCGCUCUAACGCUCAUGUGAAGGGAGAUUACCAGAGGAUCGGAGAUGUUAUGCUGAGGAACAUGUGCGCACUAAAGGAGUUCACCAGUUACCUACAGAAGCACGACGAAGUGCUGACCGAGCUGGAGAAGGCCACGAAGCGGAUAAAGAAGCUGGAGACGGUGUAUAAGGAGUUCGAGCUGCAGAAGGUGUGUUAUCUGCCUCUCAACACCUUCCUGCUCAAGCCCAUCCAGAGACUCAUGCACUACAAACUGAUCCUGGAGCGCCUGUGCAAACACUACGCUCCGGAGCACAGGGACCACCACGACUGCAGAGAGGCGCUGAAGGAGGUGACCGAGGUCACGGCGCAGUUACAGAGCAGCCUCAUCCGACUGGAGAACUUCCAGAAGCUCACCGAACUGCAGAGGGACCUGAUCGGCAUCGAGAACCUCACCGCUCCUGGCAGGGAGUUUAUUAGGGAAGGCUGCCUGUACAAGCUCACCAAGAAAGGCCUGCAGCAGAGGAUGUUCUUCCUGUUUUCAGACAUGCUGCUGUACACAAGCAAAGGGGUCACGGCCACCAACCAGUUCAAAGUUCACGGCCAGCUCCCCCUCCACGGCAUGAUGGUGGAGGAGAGCGAGAACGAGUGGUCAGUUCCUCACUGCUUCACCAUCUACUCAGCUCAGAGAACCGUCGUGGUGGCCGCCAGCUCUAAGGUGGAGAUGACCAAGUGGAUCGAGGAUCUGAACGUGGCGAUCGACCUGGCCAAGAAAUCCCAGGAGAAAUCCGACCUGUUCCUGGAUCCCAGUCUGUGUGAUCGCUCCAACCGGUCGUCUGACGAGGUGUCCCUGGAGCAGGAGUCCGAGGACGAUGUGAACUCGUCCCGCUGCUCUCUGGACAAACAGAGCCACCACCGUGCCAACACCACCAUGCACGUGUGCUGGCACCGCAACACCAGCGUCUCAAUGUCUGACCACAGCCUAGCAGUGGAGAACCAGCUCUCCGGGUACCUGCUGAGGAAGUUCAAGAACAGUAACGGCUGGCAGAAACUCUGGGUGGUCUUCACCAACUUCUGCCUCUUCUUCUAUAAAACACAUCAGGACGACUUUCCUCUGGCCAGUCUGCCCCUCCUGGGGUACACGGUCAGCACCCCCGGCGACACCGACAGCAUCCACAAAGAGUACGUCUUCAAGCUGCAGUUCAAGUCCCACGUGUAUUUCUUCAGGGCGGAGAGCGAGUACACCUUCGAGAGGUGGAUGGAGGUGAUAAAGAGCGCGGCGAGCACCGCGGCCCGGGUCAGUCUGCUCAUCCCUAAAGUCCCGGCGGAGCCGAACGGGAACUGAAGACGCGCUCCUGGAGCUCGGGGCUGGAACCUGCAGCCUGCCAGGACUAAUCAAGACUAUCUGGACUAUAAACACACUUAUUUUAUUUAAUCCUCUGGAUAUCUGGCUAAUAACACGCUCGUCUUCAUCAGAGACUCUCGGCUCGUUACGGUUUCUGCUGAGCGGGAAUAAGAGGUGAAAAAGAGCAGACAGGGGCGCCACUGCUACCCCCCGUGGGUCUAAAUUUAAACUUAGACCACGUUCUGCAUUUCCAGGAAUAAUAAAGCACACAGGAUUAUUAUUAUUA